AUGGACCCUUCUGUCAUCGAAAACUUUUGCAGUAUUACUGGGACGUCUGAAAUGGAAGCCAAACAUUUUUUAGAAGCUUUCGAUUGGAAUUGCGAUGAGGCAGUCAAAGCGUAUUUCGAUUCUGAGGAUGGUGUUCAUUCAAGCGAUGUUUCUCAUUUCGACCAAGGUACUGAACCACUGAGUAAAAGCAACAAGGAGCCAUCAGUUUCCACAUAUAAUAAACCACCUCACAGCAAGCCUAAAAUAGCAACUCUGAGUACCCUGGAAAAUGAUAGUGAUGAUGAAUCAGAUAAGGGACAGGCAUUUUAUGUUGGCGGUUCGGAGACUGGAGGUGGUGGCCAACAAGUCCUUGGUCCUCCAAGACGUGAUGGUAAUAAGAGAACUCAUGAUCCUUCCCAAACUCCCGACGUUUUCAUCCGUAAUCUUUUUCAAGCUGCUAGAGGUAAAGGAGCAGAAGUGUUGGAUACACACCAAUACAAUGAAUACAAAAGUAAAUCAAAAAAGCAAUCGCCUUUUAGUGGAAUUGGCUACAAGCUUGGUGAUGAUCCUAAUGCUCCCCUCCAGGUCGAGGCAAAUACUGCGAGCGGUUCCAGUACAAACGAUGUCUCUGAAAAAAACGUUGUUGUAAAAAUGUGGCGUGACGGUUUUAGUUUAGACAGCGGGCCGUUACGUUCAUAUACUGAUCCAGAUGCUUCUGAAUUUUUGAAUGCAAUACAGAAUGGUCAAAUCCCUGAAGAACUUUUAAAAUCUGCUGGUGGAAGUAUGGUUAAUGUUAUGCUCGAAGAUCAUCACCAUGAAGGGUGGCAGGCUCCUUCUGCUCCUAAGAUCAUACCUUUUUCUGGCGUAGGACAAAUGCUUGGUUCUCCGCUUCCUCACUUAGUCUCAAGCGUUCCAACUAAAGUCAAUAUCAGUGAAAACCAUGAACCUGGUGUUACAGUAGACGAUACCAAACCGGUAACACAAAUUCAGAUCCGACUACCUGAUGGAUCGAGAUUUGUGAUCCGUCUAAACAAUUUUCACACAAUUGGUGAUAUCAGAAGAGCAAUCAUCAGUGAAAGACCAGAUUUGGCUUCCAGAUUAUUUGCAUUGAUGACAUCCUAUCCGACCCGUGAGUUAAAUGAAGAUACACAAACACUAGAAGAUGGUGAUCUUCUGAAUUCAUCACUAUUAGUUCGAUUUAUAUGA